AUGUCAAACUUCAAGAGACUUGACCAAUAUAUUGUCUUGCAUUCUCUUGGAAAAGGUGCAACAGCUCACGUCAAAGCUGUUGAAGACCCAACUACACACCAAAUUUAUGCAGCCAAGAUCAUGAAAUCCUACCAUGGCAGCGGAAAUGAAGAAUUAAAGGAAACAAUUCAAAAUGAAAUGGAAAACCUCAACAGCCUUGCUCAUCCAAACAUAGUGAACUUAAUAUGCGUCAACGAAAGCGGAACCUAUGCUAAGCGAAAUGGGCAAACAAAGCGUGUUAUGUAUAUGCUUAUGGAACUUUGCCCAAAUGGUGAGCUUUUCGAUGUUUUGUAUAGGACUGGAAAAUUUAGUGAAGAAAUCACGAGGUUUUAUUUUCAUCAACUCAUAGAAACUUUAGAAGCUGUUCAUAAUCAAGGAAUUACACAUAGAGACAUAAAGCCUGAAAAUAUACUUUUUGAUCGAGAUUUCAACUUAAAGAUUUCGGAUUUCGGAUUUUCUACUUUAAUUGACAAGUAUGCUGAUGGAAUGCUAUAUACUCAGCUAGGCACACAAGGAUAUAUGGCUCCAGAAAUUCAUCAAAAUCUGCCAUACAGAGGUGAAAUUGUUGACCUUUUUGCGGCUGGGAUAGUUUUGUUUAUAAUGUACACUCAAAAUCCUCCUUUUACAAAAGCAGUACCAAACGAUCCGUUUUACCGCUUGCUUUCGAAAAAAGAUGAUAAAUUUUGGGUUUAUCAUUCAAGAAAUAAAACUUCAGACUUUUUUACCCAAGAUUUCAAGAAUUUAAUAUUUAGUAUGCUUGCACUUCAACCAAAUGAUAGAUUGCCUAUUUCUCAUAUAAAAGCUCAUCCAUGGUAUAAUGGCCCUGUGGCAACAACUGAUGAAAUAGUUAGCGAACUGAGAAAAAGAAAAGAAAAAAUUAUUCAAGCUGCACAAAAAGCUGCAAAGGCAAAAAAUUUAGGUAACAGACCUGGCGCAAUUAAUAAUGGAGGAAGAGUUUAUAGAUGUGAAUCAGGUGAGCCAGAGCUAGCAGGCCAAUUAUCACUCCAAAUUGAAGAUUUAGUAGUCGAGCCACUUCCUGAGCACUUUAACACAGUUAAUCGAUUCUAUCAAAUUAUAUCUGGAAUCGACCCACAAGAUAUUGUGACUAUUUUAGCUCGAUCAUUCCAAAAUUUGGAUACUGAGUGGAACCCAUCGCAUGAUAAAUAUGAAUUUGAAGUUACUAUUCGAACAGAGGUUGACACAUUGAAUUUUGUUAUAUCAAUUUAUUCAAUGGAAGAUGAAUUGAAUUUGAUAUCUUUUAAGCUGAAUAAUGGAAGUAAAUUUGAAUUCAUGAGCAUAUUUAAAACCAUUGAAGACAAUAUUUUCAGUGCCCAAGAAAGUUAUUAA